AUGGACUACACUUACACUGAGAAACUAACCGUAGACUACACUUUCACUGAGAAACUAACCGUAGACUACACUUUCACUGAGAAAGGUUCAGCCAUGUUCAAACCUCUGAACACAACACAAAAGCAACCGGAUCUUGUAGUAGCAAUACUCACCAUGCCCAAACAAGUCACCAACAAGCAUAUAGGUGUACAACACACCAUCAAGCAUAUAGGUAUGCAACACACCAACAAGCAUAUAGGUAUACAACACACCAACAAGCAUAUAGGUAUACAACACACCAACAAGCAUAUAGGUAUGCAACACACCAACAAGCAUAUAGGUAUACAACACACCAACAAGCAUAUAGGUAUACAACGCACUCGACAGUGCAUGGACACACCCGCGUAG